CUCGUUCCUGCCACCGUUGGAUGUUUGUGACUCAGUAGUGCUCCAAAUUCUUGUUGCCCGUGGUUGACCUGGGUCUCGUGCCGCUCCUUUCAUUGUCACCCUCUAUACCUUCCACCAGCCAUGACAGAGCCCGAGCCGCCCUCCGUCGCUGCCCUCAGCCUCGCCGAGACGGCGACUGAACCUGUGCACGGAAAGAAGAAGGAGCAAGAAAUCAAUCCCUGGGAUGUGCAAGCCGCGACAGAUGAGCAAGGCAAUGUUCUCGAGUUUGAUUACCCUGCAAUCUCGCAGAAAUGGGCCACCAAGUUGAUCGACGACGAAAUCCUCGCCCGCUUCGAGCGCGUAACAGGCCACAAGCCGCACCGCUGGCUGCGACGCCGCCUCUUCUUCUCACACCGCGACCUGGAGCUCAUUCUGGACACGUACGAGAGGGAUGGCGAGUUUCUGCUCUACACCGGACGAGGGCCCUCCAGUGACUCCAUGCACAUCGGUCACACUAUUCCCUUUGAAUUUACCAAGUGGCUACAGGAUGUCUUCGAUGUGCCGCUGGUCAUCAUGUUGACUGACGACGAGAAAUUCCUUUUCAAGGAGAAGCUCACACAGCCCGAAGUGUACGAGUUUGCCCGCGGCAACGCAAAGGACAUCAUUUCUAUUGGCUUCGACCCGAAGAAGACUUUCAUAUACAUCGACUCUGAGUUUUUCACCAGCGGAUACAAUCGCCAUUUCUCGCUCAACGCGACCGAGUUCGAGAAGCUCAUCACCAACAACCAGGUUCGGGGUGCAUUUGGUUUCCACGGCUCUACAAACAUCGGCAGCAAUGCUUUUGCUGCGAAACAAUGCGUCGCUGCAUUCGCCAGUUCGUACCCCUUUAUCUGGGGCAACGAUAUCAAGACGUAUCACCGUUCAGCCAAACUCGCCGCCAUGCCCUGCCUGAUCCCCUGCGCUAUAGACCAAGACCCUUACUUUCGCCUUGUGCGCGACAACUGCUCCCGCAUGGCACAACCUUCGCCCAAACCGGCUCUCAUACAUUCCAAAUUCUUGACCGCGCUGCAGGGUGCUGGUGGCAAGAUGAGCGCUUCGAACCCAAAUUCAGCCAUCUUUAUGUCGGAUACUGAAAAUCAGGUCAAGAAGAAGAUCAACAGCCAUGCAUUCAGCGGCGGGCAGGAGACGGAGGCUUUGCACAGGGAGAAGGGCGGAAAUCCGGACAUUGAUGUGCCGUAUCAGUAUCUUGCGUACUUUGAGGACGACGACGAAAAGCUACUCAAGUUGGCUGAUGGGUACCGGAAGGGCGAGAUCCUGACGGGCGAGAUGAAGAAGGAGUGCAUCACCCUGAUGCAGAAAUACGUUAAGGGUUUUCAAGAAGCGAGAUCAAAGGUCACAGAUGAGGUGCUGGCGGAGUUUUUGCGACCACGCAAACUAGAGUGGACCGGAAACCCAAGGGUUGAGAAGAAAGAAGUAAAGGAGGAGGCAGUGGAGGGUGGUGCACAGUUGGGCGAGGACGGCAAGCCCAUGACGAAGAACCAGCUUAAGAAGCUAUUGAAGGCGCAGGAGACUGAGCGCAAGAAGAAGGAGAAGGAGGCGGCGAAGGCGGCAGCGCAAUCUUGAUAGGCUUGUGUCUUGACCUGUUUGUAUUGCAUACCAUGACAGGCUAGGCACCAGUGUUGGCAUUGUCGCUCAGCACGCAAAUGAUACCACCAAAACGUUUCUCCGUAUAGUGUCACUAUAGUCUUCCAUAUAUUAACCAUGCAAGCGU